GCGCGCGCCGGCGAUAUCGCGCGGCGGCGUGCCGCUGGAAAUUUUAUCAAUACCGCGGCCAUCUAGUCUCGCUGGCAGUCGCUCGCGAAAAGUACGCGCCGAACGCCCGACGGGUAGCACGCCGCCGACGAUAGCCGUCAAACCGCCGUCAAAUCGACGAGGAUAGCCGGAAUAGGAAGAGCCCGAGGCGAUCCACAACGAGCAUGGCUUCCGAGGGUGGUCUAGCACCGGAUGCGGCUGCAGGUGCGGGAGCCGGUCCCGAUGGUAUCGUCGGCGGUCCGAGGACACCCCAGCAGAUUGCUUCUCAAAAGCGAUUGCAGGCGACGCAAGCGCAAGUCGACGAGGUCGUCGACAUCAUGAAGACGAACGUCGAGAAGGUCCUCGAACGUGAUCAGAAGCUUUCUGAGCUCGACGACCGAGCAGAUGCACUUCAACAAGGAGCGUCACAAUUCGAACAGCAAGCGGGAAAGCUGAAGAGAAAGUUCUGGCUACAAAAUCUAAAGAUGAUGAUUAUCAUGGGCGUCAUCGGGUUAAUCGUAUUGGCCAUUAUUGUCGCGAACUUCAUGUAGGCGCGCUGAUUCGUGGAAGAGAUUUGUGUGUGAGUGAGUCUGAAGCGAGCUUCACCGGCGGCAGCAAUACGCAUAAUUGAACGCGAGAAGUAACGCUAAAAUAAAAUAACGCAACAAUAAACAAAAAAGCAGAAAGAGGGAGCAAAGAGAGAAGAAGAAGGAGAAGAAGAGCGGAAGGAGGAGGAGGAGGAAGAAAAGGAAGCAGAAGAGAAGGAAACGGUGGUGGCUGCGAAUGAAGGGUACGCGUGGAAAUGUGGCUCUUUUUCGGACGAAGAAAUGUAGGGUGAACGCGAAAAUGACCUCGCGAGGUCGCGGAAAUCGUGCGACGUGCCGGGAGUUCUCCACGACGUAGCCGCCGAUCAACCUCGAUCGUGAAUUCGUCGACGACGGGGAAGGAUCGAGCGGGAACGACGGCAACGCGACCACGAAAUCUUGACCCGUGCGGAGUAGCGUUUUCUCGGACCCGGGGCGGAUCAGAAGUGGAGGUCCACGCCGAUGUGUGCCGGCCCUGUCUCUCUGAAGUAUGGACGAAUAGCGCGCGUCACUACCUGCGUCUCCAGCCGCCUGUUCCGCACGAGAUAUGGCGUGUACCAUUAUUACGAUUGUUACUUUCACUUUUGCAUUAUAUCGUCAUCGUUAUUAACUGCGCAAUUACGAACGCCGCUGUCAACGGUGCCGCCAGUCGCGGCCGCGCGAGGACAGUCGCGUUGUCCGGGUCGGUGCGGCAGCUGUCGGCUCAUCACGCUCACUUGGAAUCGCGAAGCGUAGGUGCGUGGACCCUUAGACCAGUACACGGAAGUCCUCGCCGGCGACGGAGAGAUGACCACGUCGAAGACCACCGGCUAGACUGGGGAGAUUCGAGCACGAUGAUCGUGCCGGGAACAGAGCCGGGGACGAGAUCCGCGCGCGGUUCAAGUCGAUUUUCGCGAGCGAACGCGGUCGGUUGAAACGGGAUGAAACGAAACACAUCGCGCCUUCCUUCGUCCAUCUUCGUUAAUUAGCGUAGAAAACAAGAAAUAGAGUGAGUGCGAGAUCAGGAGAGAGAAAGAGAGACGGUGAUUGUGCACGAAGAAACGAAAGAUUCGCUAGGACGAAGAGAGAAUUCGUGUUGUAGUAGCGACAUAUAGUAAAUAUAUAUAUAUAUAUAUAUACAUAUUAUACACAUUCAUACAUAUAAUAUAUAUAUAUAAAAAAUAUAUAUAUAUGUAUGUAUAGACAGGGUGUUCGUAAAAUUUCUCCGACGAAGGCAGUUACAGGUAGCGCGAGUUCUCUUUCUCUCCCUUUCUCUAUUCCCUCCCUCGCCCCUCUCUCUCACGUGUAUAUCGAGCAUUUACUUUAUAUAGUGUAUGUAUAUAUAUAAAUUCACAUACUUGUAAAUAAUAUAUCAUUUGUCCCUUUCAUACGCUCGCGCGAGAUAGGAUUUAUCGACCAACACGUAACGACUUGUCGAAGAGUGUCACGCAUCCUUUUUGUUCCCGUUGCGUUCCGCGCAUCUUCCCGGAGGAGAGCGGAAGAAGCCCGAUCGAGGAGAGAUCGAGAGAACGAGGUGAAUCGAAAAACAAAAUGAAAAAGAAAGAGAGAGAGAGAGAGAGAGAGAGGGAAAGAAAAUGACAAAUGGGCGAAAGAGAUGGAGAAACCGCGGUGGACGCCUGCCUUCGUCGAAGACGGCAUUGGAAUGUUUUCGAGCAGCGCAGUGUACAGAGAAUUUUAAGAAGUAAUAAGGGAAGAGCGCGCGCGCGCGCGCGCUCGAUAGAGAAAGAGAAAGAGAGAGAGAGGGGGAGAGAGAGAGAGAGAGAGAGAGAGAGAGAGAGAGAGAGAGCGAGAGAAUAUGAGAAAGGGAGGGCGGAAAAGGAACGCUUCGGUGCAACGGAGCGGCGCGGCUUUAGAUAACAUGUUUUAAGGCUUAAAAAAAAGUUAUCUACAGAUGUUAUAUAUACAUGUUAACAAUAAUGAUUACGUUAUGAUAAUAAGGAUAACAUCAAUAAUAAUAAGAAUAAUAAACGAUUGACACGCGAUCACCUCAAUGACGACUACGACGACGACGACGAUGAUAACGAUAAGCGAGCUUUCGCCGUUUCGCGAAUACGAUCGCGUCGAGAAAAGGACGUGUCCAGUCUCGUGCGAGUCGAGGAUACACCUUAUCCUCGACGACCCUCUCAUCGUCCAAUCGCGAGACAAAGCGUUGUCUCGCGACGAGGGUGUAUCGCGUGACAACGUCGAUCGAUCGUCGAUCUCGUCGAUAUCCUCCCGAGUCCCUUCUCCUCUUCCGUUUCGGUCGGUCCCGUUUGGUUUCGGUGCUGCUGAUACAGCAAUAAUUUCGCCUCAAUCCACCAUCCUUCUAACUGUAAUCUCUCCCGCGAUUAUCCCUGCCGAUCCCGUUCCGACACGCGAAUGACAGGCGCCGUUUCGUCGACGACUUCCGACUGCGUGCCGGAAGUUACCGGAAAGGCAAAGAUACAGAAAGUGGGAGAGAGAAAGAGAGAGGAAGAGAAUUUUUUAUCGUGUCGAUCGGCAAAACGCUGGACAAAUUCGUAUCUUGAUGUUCGAGUUGGAGAAGACGAAAGCCGCGAAAGGAAGUGUCAUAAUGUUAAUUAUCGAAAUUUAUAUCGUGAAACUCAUCUUUUUUGUCGUGACUAUUAAGUGAAACGAUGAACACGUCAAGAAACCCAUCCAAUGAGCUGAUUCGCACCUAAUCGUGACGUUAGUGUCGCGAAAAGUGAAAUUAAGGUAAAGGUACCAAUACCUGGAUACCGAUAACACCGGCACCUAACUCUGAGCAUUCUUAUUGUUUUGGUCUUUAAAUAAGAAUACAUAUUUAAGCUUUCAGUACACAGAAUACACACAGGUUGUUUGGCGCAAAGUGUUCCAUACCUCCUAGAGGAAUUUUGUAUUCAGAUGAAACUAACCUCCAUGAGUACGCAGAGAGGAUAUUAUAAAUUUCUUUUUUUUUUUCAUAUAAUUUUUUUUCAAUUUUACUACGUUAGUAGUGAUCCAGGCUCAGACUGUCAGCAAGGUCUAUUCUGCAAAGGGACAUAGUAAAUUUCGCUAGAAAAACGUAGAUAGUAUUCUAAUAGCACGUUUCAGUCCCUAAAACAUAUAAGCAGCACUGAGGGAAAAGUUACCUUAAAACCAACAAAUAUUUCAUUGAUGGAUGCCAUUAAUAUAUUUAUUUAAAUCUAAAUUCUCUUUAUUUAAACCAAAUAUUAUUUACUUAAAUCAGGUAAACAAUAUUUGAUUUAAAUAAAGAGAAUUUAGAUUUAAGUAAAUACGUUAAUGGCACCCAUCAGAAAAAUAUUUCUUGAUUUUAAGAUAAUUUUUUCUUGUAUAAAAUGAAUUACUGCAGAAUAUCGAUCUGUUCCUCGAUUACAGUCUUCUUGUUACAAAAUUCUCCUCGUGUACACAAUAUAUGGGACUUUCACGUUAGAUUCAUCCUACAUACACAUGUCUAAUAUAUACGUAUAUUUUGCAUGGAAAAUCUGAAUAUUCAUAUUUAGAAAUGAAAACAAUAAGAGUGCUCAAAGGGGAUUUAAGGACUCCAAUAUUAUUAGCGUCUAAACAUUGGUACCUUUGCCUUACCUCUGCUCGGAGGAGAGAGCGCCCUGCUGACUAAAUUGGCUUUAUUCAAAUUAACGCGAGUGGAUCUCUCGAUCGCGCGAGAUUCUCGCGAUUUCCCGCUGUCGGGGAUCGUGAUUAUUGGGGACCACGAGUCGUUCGUUUCGCCGAGUCCGUCUCUCGCGGUCGCGGAAAAUCAGAGAUCGGCCGAUCGACGGUGAGAAAUUCGAGCGAGGUUAACGCGAAACGGCGCUGCGGCCACAACUCGAGUUAUAAUGUCUGAACGAUCAUUCUAUGUUUGCGAACUAUAAACACAUAGCUGUACGUCAUAUCUUAACCGUCGACGUAUCCUUAAUUAUCGAUGACGAAUAUGAACACACGAUGAUAACAAUGAUGAUGGUGCUUCGAACGUUGUACAGUACCGAAUAAAAGAUAUACUGCGUA